CACUAUCCACCCACCGCCCUCCAUCACCACGACCUUCCAUCUCCACCACCGCUAGCAAGACCAUGAUCGCCACCGCUAUCAAGACCAUAUUCGUCGUCCAUCACCACCGCUUUCCCCCUUUACUGCGUCAGUUGGGUUUUUAAAAAGUGGUGGUGUUAUUGGGUGUAUGCUUCAUUGCUAUUGUUGCACACGCAGAUACGGGAUAUUCUAAUAGUUCAUUAUAACGAGAGUCAUAAUGGCAAAGCUCAACCCAAGUACCUCUACGGACGGGGACAUUGAAAACAGGGCUCAUGGGAUUACAUCAGGGUUAUACUUUAUUUGGUGCCUUAGUGGGAAUGAAAACACUAUUGAUUCUUCUUCACUACCAGUCAUUAUCAUACAACCUCAAGCAUUUGAAAGAAUGGUGGGCUACAUGUUGUUAUAUUGUUUCUCAUUAUAAGGAUGCAAUUAACGUUAUGGAAAUCGGGCUAUUGUAUACUUUUGUACAAUAUUGGGAGUCAGUCAAGAUUGGUCGACCUAAAUGUCGUGUAACAAAGCGGUUUCAUCCAGAGACGAAGCAAAGGUCUUUGUUAUUUCUGGUUAUAUUUUAUGAGCCAGAUUGGAAUCCUCAUGUGGACAAGCAGGCUCUAUGGUGGGCACAUAUAAUUGGUGUAGCAAACCCGAAUUUCAGCAUGGGUCGUCAAGGUAGAAAUUACAUACAAGUGAUAUGCUUGCUCUGUUUCUAUAUUGCUUGAGUGUAAAAUUCCUUUAUGUACAAUGAUGCAAAUGUUGUCUAAUAGAGGUAAACAGAGGUAGCCUCUUUUACAACUAUAAGUGAUCUUUCAAAUUGAUAAGCAUGUAAAAAUUCUGUUUCAUAAAAGUAUUGAUCUUUUAUUUGAGUUGAAAAGUGGAAAUACAUAUUGAAAUUUUAUUCC